AUGACAGAGGAGGCACCGGCGGCGGCGGCGCUGCUAAUUUGCAUUCUGGUGUUUGGGCUGAGCUCGACCAAUGCAGACACAGAUCCAAACGAUGCCUCUGCUCUCAGGGUCAUGUAUGGUGCUUUGAAUUCUCCACAGAAACUUACAAAAUGGAGUGGGACUACGGGGGAUCCUUGUGGAGAAUCUUGGAUGGGCAUUACGUGCUCGGGCUCCAAAGUCACAGAAAUAAACAUAUCAGGACUUGGGCUCACUGGUAACAUGGGAUACCAGCUAACAAGUUUGACAUCCUUAACAAAUUUUGAUAUAAGCUAUAAUAAUCUCGGAAACCAGAUUCCUUAUAAUCUUCCUCCAAAUCUGCAGCGACUAAAUCUUGCUGGCAAUGGCUUCAAUGGUGGCCUCCCCUACUCAAUUUCGCAGAUGCCUUCCCUAAAAGACCUAAACGUCAGUCACAAUCAAAUUCAGGGCCAACUGAAUGACAUGUUUGGAUCACUGUCCGCUCUCUCCACAUUGGAUUUCUCUUUUAAUGCUAUGACGGGUGAUCUUCCUCUGACUUUUCACUCGCUUACUAGCAUGACUGAUAUGUAUUUGCAAAACAAUCAGUUUACGGGUACCAUCGAUGUUCUUGCAAAUCUUCCCCUGGAAAAUCUGAAUGUUGAAAAUAACCGUUUUAGUGGAUGGAUUCCACAGCAGUUGAAAAGCAUAAAUCUAAUAACGGAUGGUAAUUCAUGGAGCUCAGGGGCUGCACCCCCACCUCCACCUGGGACGCCUCCUGCUAGCCGGCCUAACCGAAAUCACAAAUCUGGAGGAAAUAGUGGCUCAUCCGAAGGUGGAGGAGGUGGAAGUAAAUCUGGCAUAGGUGCUGGUGGUGUGGCAGGAAUUGUCAUAUCUAUUUUGGUUGUUGGAGCAAUAGCAGCAUUCUUCAUUAUAAAGAGACGAUCCAGAAAGCCAUCCAUGGAUAUUGAGAAGCCUGAAAAUCAGCCUUUUGCUCCUCUUGCUUUGCAAGAAGUGCAAGAGAUGAAGUCCAUUCAAAGUUUAUCCACAGCCAGCUCAAAAACCUUUGAAGCUCCUGCCACGAUAAGCCUCAAGCCUCCUCCUAUUGAUCGUCAUAAAUCAUUUGAUGAGGAUGAUGUUUCAACGAAGCCCAUAGUUCCCCCCAAGAAAAUCAAUACAGUCCCAAUAAAUGCUAGAUCAUAUUCAGUAGCAGAUCUGCAGAUAGCUACAGAUAGCUUCAGUAUCGAAAACCUUAUUGGUGAAGGAUCUAUUGGACGUGUUUAUCGUGCUCAAUGUGAUGACGGAAAGGUUCUUGCUGUGAAGAAAAUAAAUUCUUCUACUUUGCUUAAUCAUGAGGACUUUUUGGACAUCGUGUCAGAGAUUUCCCGGUUGAAUCACCCAAAUGUAACCGAGUUGGUGGGCUAUUGUUCUGAGCAUGGACAACUCUUGCUGGUUUACGAGUUCCAUAAAAAUGGUUCUCUGCAUGAGUUCCUUCAUCUCUCAGAUGAAGAUGGCAAGCCCUUAACAUGGAAUACCCGUGUCAAGAUUGCGUUAGGGACGGCACGUGCACUAGAGUACCUACAUGAAGUUUGUUCACCAUCUGUUAUUCACAAGAAUUUCAAAUCAGCUAACAUUUUACUUGAUAUGGAGCUCAAUCCUCAUCUUUCAGAUUGUGGUUUAGCGAGCCUCGUCCAUGAACCAGAUCAGGCAUCUGGCUACAGUGCACCCGAGGUCACUAUGUCUGGUCAAUAUACCAUGAAGAGUGAUGUAUAUAGUUUUGGAGUGGUCAUGUUGGAGCUUCUUAGCGGACGUAAACCAUUUGAUAGCUCGAGGCCAAGAACCGAGCAAUCUUUAGUUCGAUGGGCUACACCUCAACUCCAUGACAUUGAUGCUCUGUCUAAGAUGGUUGAUCCGGCACUGAAAGGCCUCUAUCCUGUCAAAUCUCUCUCUCGAUUUGCUGAUGUCAUUGCUCUCUGUGUCCAGCCUGAGCCCGAGUUCAGGCCACCUAUGUCUGAAGUGGUCCAAGCUUUGGUUCGUCUAGUGCAACGAGCAAACAUGAGCAAGAGAACAUUUGGAAAUGAAGGCCCGUCUCGAAGUGACAGUCAAGAUGGUCAAGACUACACUCCUUAG